CCCUCGAAUGGAUAAUUACUUGACAGACUCAAAUAAAAAAAUGAGAAGUUUCCGUAAGCUACGAGAAAGACAAGGUAGUCGCUAGAAACUUCAAUUCAUCAGAUAUUUUUGUCCCCUAUCUUCUUAUCCCCUCACGCACCUCUUACACACACUCUUAUAUAAAGAAAACACUCUUUGCUCAUUCUAAUUAAACGCAAACGUACAAGUAGUGAAGUAUCACGACUUUGAUUUAUUUCUGUAUAUCUAAGAUGCAGGCGGUAUCAGUUGAUGAAACCAAAAACACGGUGGUGCUACGGGCGGAGCACAAGAAUGAAGAAGGCCGGAAAUCUGUUGAUAAGUUCGAAGUGAAGACACGUAAUCCGGAGACGAUCAAGAGCGUUGAGCGGAAGCUUAUGGAGAAAGGUGUUCAACGGAUGGAUCGUCAUCCUUCCGAUGGGAUUCCUCUCAGGCGACCACCAUCGAAGUCAGGUCACGGCGGGAAGUACACGUGGGAAGGACCUGAUCGGAUGGAGGAUUACGAGAUGCAGCCGGAUCCACCGGCGAUGGAUGAAGGAGAUCCUAAUUACGACGAGGAACAGGUGAAGAAGAGUGGUGAUGACGUGGCGGUUGAGCUUGUGAAAGGAGAGGUUGAGGUGGCUAAGGAGGCUCCGGCUGGUGUUGCUAGGGUUGAGGUUGAUCCUCGCUUGGUCGGUCGUUGAGAGUUUGAUAGAGGAGGAAGAAAAAUGUUGGGGCGAAUGUGAGAAAGAGGGAGAAAUGUGGGGUUGGAUUUUUAAUUUCGAGUUAAUGUUUUAGUGUAAAAUGACUUUUCACUAUUUCUGUAAAAAAUAAUAAUUGAUCUGCUAGCAUUGAAAUCCACCAUUCGGUGGUCUUUUUUCAUUAUCCAACAUAACUCUUUUUAUUACUUAUUGUUGUCAUGUGCUGUGUACUUGCAUGGAAGACAAUUAGCCAGAGGACACAAUGUGUGAGUUAAAUUUCAAUUUCGAGUUGUGUAUAGUUAAACAGUAUUUAUUUGUGUGAUAAUAAUUAAAUAGAGUUGUGGAUAAUGCCCGUAAUGGAACAUGGUAACAAAAUGGCAUUUAAUUAUUUAUGAUGACAAGAAGUUUGGUCUGUUCUAUUA